UUGCAGGUUUUUGAUGCAAAAAGAUUACCAAUAAAUCUUGCUUGUGGUCAUACAAUAUGCAGGCCUUGUUUACAAAAACGUAACAUUAGUGAUUGUCCUUUAGAUCAGACUAUAACUUCGAUUUCCUUUGAAAAACUACCCAUAAAUCUAGCAUUACUUUCUGUCCUACCAGGACUUAGUGAAGAAAAAUCGAAAAUGAAUAGCGAUGCCAGCGAGGAAUAUAAAUAUAUCGAAUCAAUUCUUACUAAAUUAGCCUCUUAUCUCCAUCCUACGGAAUGUACUCUAGGAGGAAGCGUUUGGAGUGAUGAAUUAAGCAGAGCAAUGCAGCGCAAACUUAUAUCACUACUAUGUUACCAGUUAAUGGAUUUCAAAGGUCGACAGCUUGCUCUAAAAGCUGCUCGUGCCUUAGCCGAAAGAGCUGUUUCAGAAAUUAUUAUUUAUCAUCAAGAUAACACUAGUCUCUCUUCAAAUCUUUGGUCUGCUGUUCGCUCUAAAGGAUGUCAGUUUUUAGGUCCAGCAAUGCAAGAAGAAAUUUUGAAACUUAUAUUAUUGACACUUUCGGAAGGUUUUUCAAUGUCUCGUAAAACGUUAACACUCUAUAUCGUUGAAACAUUACGUGAUGAUUAUCCACAAGUUUCAAAAACUUGUGUGGGCCAUGUUUUACAGUUACUUUAUCGAGCUAGUUGCUUCAAUGUAUUAAAACGUGAAGGUGGAUCAUCACUGAUGCAGUUAAAGGUGCAGUUUAGGAAUUAUGAUGCACUGCGUCGUGUGCAUGACACUCAGAUCGUGCAGGUCGCUUUUGAGCAAGGCUUAAGAUUAUCACUUGAUCAGUGGUCAUCAUUACUUUAUGGUGAUCAGAAUCACAGGUCAUAUAUGCAAAGUAUUAUUAAUAAGCUGCAGUCGUCUAAGUCUUGGAAGCAGCAGGUCAGCGAUUUGAAAGCAGCAAUAAAAUAUAGUUCUGAACGCGAAUCAUUGAUUCCAGUAAUAGAACAUUUUAAACGCUUUGCCGAUUUUGAACCUUCACAUGGUGAAUUUUUCUAG